GAUGAUAUAAUCUAACAUAAAACAUAAAAUCUAAGCCUCUCAAUAUACAUGUAAAUAUAGAGCCAAGCCAAGAACCAACCUUACCCAUAUCUUUUUAGACUCAUUGAAAGAUCCUCUCCGUCCCAUAAAUUAGCCUUUGUUUUCUACCAACGUCCUUGGCGUGAAUCAAUGUUAAUGCUUGAACUCUCUCUUCAUCUUCUUCACCCAUCUAGCUCAGUCUCCUUAAAUUCAAAACCAAUCCUGGAGAUAGAGUAAAGAUAAUCUUCAACUCUGAACUAUCUGCCUCAUUGGUCCAAAUGGGUUUUCCUUUUCGUAUUGUUCUCCUCCUGCUUUGCUUUUCUUGGGAAGUCAUUCACUCCCGGACAUUGUCGCAGACCUCGAAAACGACGUCGUUACUCAAUGUAGCGACUUCGACCCAGAAGACCGUUAAUGUUUUUUCAUUGGAGUCUAGAUCCACCCAGACACACGGGUACUUGGACCAGCAGGAGCAAAGCGUUUCUUCUUCGUCUUCAAUUUCUCUCCACCUCCAUUCACGAGUUUCCCUUCAUAAACCUUCGCACAACGAUUACCGGUCAUUGAGUUUAGCUCGACUAGAGCGCGACUCGGUCCGAGUUAGAUCUCUUAGUACCCGGUUGGAUCUGGUCUUGGGAGGAGUUUCGAACUCGGAUCUUAAACCACUGGAGACGAACAAUAGUGGGAUGGACAAGUUCGGAGCGGAGGAUGUUCAGGCGCCAAUAGUUUCCGGGACCAGUCAAGGAAGUGGCGAGUACUUCUCCCGAGUUGGAAUCGGUAAACCAGCGAGUUCAGUCUACAUGGUGCUCGACACUGGAAGCGACGUAAACUGGGUGCAAUGCGCACCCUGUGCCGAAUGCUACCAACAAACGGACCCCAUCUUCGAACCGGCGUCAUCUACUUCGUACGCGCCGCUCACUUGCGAGACUCAACAGUGCAAGUCCCUCGACGUCUCGGAAUGCCGCAACGACACGUGUCUCUACGAGGUGUCCUACGGCGACGGGUCUUACACAGUCGGGGACUUUGUCACAGAGACCGUCACUCUCGGUUCGGUUGCCGUCAACAAUGUCGCCAUCGGCUGCGGUCACAACAACGAGGGCCUGUUCAUCGGUGCGGCGGGCCUUCUCGGGCUCGGCGGAGGCUCACUCUCUUUCCCUUCACAACUCAAUGCCAAGUCUUUUUCGUACUGCCUCGUGGACCGAGAUUCUGACUCGGCCUCGACUCUCGAGUUCGACUCGGUCUUCCCACCUAACGCCGUAACAGCGCCGUUACUCCGCAACCCUCAACUCUCCACGUUCUACUACCUCGGCAUGGAGGGAAUCAGCGUCGGAGGCGAGUUGCUCCCAAUUCCGAACUCAUUCUUCGAAGUUGACGGCGACGGUAACGGAGGAGUCAUCAUCGAUUCGGGGACGGCCGUUACUCGGUUACAGACGGACAUGUACAACGCGCUCCGCGACGCGUUCGUGAACGGCACUCGCCACCUGCAGUCCACGGACGGGGUGGCAUUGUUCGACACGUGUUACGAUUUGUCGUCGAAGACAAGCGUGGAGGUCCCAACGGUGUCGUUUCACUUCCCGAACGGCAACGUGUUACCGUUACCGGCGGAGAACUUUCUCAUACCGUUAGACUCUAACGGAACGUUUUGUUUCGCGUUCGCGCCAACGUCGUCACCGUUAUCCAUAAUUGGAAAUGUGCAGCAACAAGGGACACGUGUCGGUUUCGAUCUAUCUAAUUCACUUGUGGGGUUUACACGCAAUAACUGCUAGUAAAUUAAGGAUUAGGAAUGUUGUUUAAGGGUUGUUAGGUUUUGUGGAUGACAGUUUUAUCCCUGAUCAAAAAGGGUAUUUUAAUUUUUUCUUUCUAAGACUUUUUUUUGUUGGUGGCAUUCGCGGUAAAUAUAAUGGAAGUGUGAGGUUAUUUAAAUGUGCCUGCCUGAUGUAAAGCGCUGAUUACUCGUAACAAAGCAAUUACCCGUAAUUAUUACACAUCCCAAAACAAAGGAUGGAAAAGAAAUAGAUUUUUAUUUUUAUUAA